AUGCCGACAGAUAGCAUGGAGCCCCGGAUCAUACCCCAUCAGUUGCCGCCUGGUAUGGAGAUUGCCAUCCCGCCAGGAGGCGAGCUGCCUCCUCAACAACCAAUGGGCACAUAUGGGAAGAAGCCGCUUCCACCGCUGCCUCCUAUACUACCAGGCUUACGCCGUCAGCUUUCGGCCUACUCGUUCAUCUCGGCCAUGUCAGGUGCAUCAAAAACGACGACAGGAGAUUCAUCGAGGUCACGAAGCCGCGAGAGGGCAACGCCGUCGCCGUCGCCGUCACCAUUGACAAAUGACGAAAUUGAGCAACUUGAGAACGAUAUCAACGCAAUCCUCAUUCAGCACACACCGACGCCCACCUCACGGAGACUAUCGGAAAACCGAAGCUGCUCGCCCUACAACCGCCGGCCAGAGUCCGAGAUUAAGAGCUUCGCCGCUCGACGCCUGUCAACUCCGAUAACGAGCUACUGCACCCUUCACCAGUCAUCCGUUAAGAUAAAACAGAUAACCGGGCUCGACCUCGAGUACAAAGGCAUCAAGAAAGCCCCACCCCGGCCGCCGCGAUCACCCAUAGCACCAGACAUGGCGAUCCUCGCGACCCCCGACAACUCCGGCAGCGUCCACAGCGCGGAGAAGCCGAUCUCGGCAUCGGAACCGGCUCGGACGCUGAACAUGAUUGACGACGAUGACAACGACGACGACGACGACGACGACGAGGACGAUGAGUCGGAUGCGGAAAGUGUCGAAUGGGACUUCAGCCCCACUGCACGGAGGCGCAUCCCGUCGUGGAUACCGGCGUCGCCGGUGCCACCCCGGGUGGAGAUUUCCGACUUUGACCAAGCAAGUCCGCGCCGCCGCGACUCGGAAAUCGGACCGCUGAGGUCACCGGGCAUGCACCAUUUCGAAACGCUCCCUGCCCGACGGAAUAACCACAUGGAGGUUAGCUACGUGGGAGCCAAGGAUCUGUACCAUGCAACGGCGACAUCGAUCGCAAACUCGACACAGAAGAAGUUGGCAAUGGCACAAGCUAGCAUCGACGCAACACAAGAUUCGGGCCUGCCGCCCAAGACCAAGAUGAGCUUCGCGGCCAAGGUGCUCCAGUCCGGCAGGAAGCGGCCGCCCGUGGGCAUCAACACCAUGCCGCAGUCGCCGUUGUCCCUGGUUGCCUCGACAAGCUCCAGCACGAGCAAGCAGUCGCCGGAAUCGGGACGGCCGGACAUGCACGCUCACUCGAUGGAUGACGACCGUAUGCGGGCCAAGUACUCGGACACGCUGUUCCGCGUCUUCGGGCGGAGCGGCGAGCACCGGAGAGCGGCCUCGGCGGACGACACGUCGCCCGACGACGCUUCGCCUCUGGCGACUCUUUCGGAAGCCGGCAGCGCGGUAUCAACUCUCGCGGUGCCGGACUCGCCCUUGAGCAAGAUGGGCAGCCGGCUAUCGGUUCAGGUUAUAGCGGCGCAGUUCAAGAAGACGGCCAGCUCAAUGGUGCUAUCAAAGGACGAGCGGCGGAGGGAGAAUCUCAGACAGAGCAUCCGGGUAAUACCGGAGGGGGGCUCGCUUUAG